CGAGUACAGCAACAGAAUGGCCGUUGACAGGUGACCAUAUGCUCAAGUUCAAAGUCAAGACACCGAGCUUCUAACUGACGCCUCCUAAACGACCGCUCUCAGGACGGAUCGCCCGGCAGUCUAGCAUACAUCUCCCCCUCGGCAUAACUCUCAAUAUGAAGUUCACAAUCUUCGCUCUUGCUCUUGCAUCUACUUUGGUCCCUGCCAUCUAUGGUUCUCCUGCCACUAGUGGUACAGACUUCACCUGCGAGGACCAGCAGGUCGUCUCUACCUCGUACAUCGGAGAAGCUCAGAACGUCAAGUCCGAAAUCGUGACCUGUUCAAACACCCCGAAAGCCCCUACGAGCCUCGUGAGUCAGGCUGUCCCCGUGAACGUGUGCGGUGCGACUUGCACCACGAACUGCUUCACUCCCUCUGGUGGAGGCCCCGACCCGAAUGAUUGCCAGGUUAUUGCCGACGCGUUAUUGUACGACAGCCAAAACGUCGGGGCACUUUUCAACAUUACCGCUGCCACAUCGGGUGUUGUGAUGCAAUACCAAUCCUGCGAGACGUUCUUCAUCGACCAGGCGAGCUACAACUUGACCUAUUGCAGGACUGACUGGUCCAGCCUCGUUAAUUACAUCGCCUUCAACUGCCAGGCCACCCAGAACGCUCACGGAGGCAAUUGCGUUGCGAGUGACCAGACAUGGUUUGUCCAGGUUCAAACAUCAACUUAAAUAUGUGGUGUGAAAUGGGUAACGGACAUUGGAUUGCGGUAAAAUGGUACUGGGACCAAAAGUGUGGUUGAACGCUGUUAUAUCUGAUCUGGGACAUGGUUUUGUUUGGUAACUUUUACUGGGUUUUGUAGUUUGAAAUUGGACAUGACGUGAUACGUGAUAAUUAAAAUUUGAUGUACUCGUAUCUCGACUUGUUGUGAGCAUGACCUUCUGCU